GGGGCUGCGCGGAGCGGAACGGAGCGGGGAGCCCCGCACCGGGCUGCGCGGGAGCGGAGCUGACCCGGCAAUGGGCUGGGCAGGCAGCGGGUAGGGCCAGGGCGGGCGGGGAGGUGCGGAGCAAUCCGCACCCCGCUCCGCACCCCACCAUGAGCCCCCGCUGAGCCUCGCUCGCUGGGUCGGUGGGUGGGUGGGGGGCUGUGUGCGGGGGUCUCCCUCUCCCCGCUCCCCCCCGGGUAACUUUGAACGAUGCUCACAGUCAACGCGGAUGGGAAGAUAAUGGUCAGAAGAUGCCUCGUCACCUUGAGACCCUUUAGGAUAUUCGUGCUGGGCAUCGGAUUUUUCACCCUGUGCUUCCUGAUGACAUCGCUGGGGGGACAGUUCUCAGCCAAGCGCCUGGGGGACUCGCCCUUCACCAUCAGGACCGAAGUGAUGGGCGCCCUGGAGUCCCGAGGCGUGCUGCGGCGCAUGAGCGACAUGCUGGAGAUGCUGAUGAAGAGGAUGGACAUCCUGGCCAGGCUGGAGAAUAGCACUGACUUCCACAAAGGGGAUGAAGCACGAUUCCCUCUGGACAGGUUCCAGCCAGCUGCUGGGUUGAUGGAGAGGAUCCAAGCUAUAGCUCAAAACGUCUCAGACAUCGCAAUAAAGGUUGACCAGAUCCUCCGGAACAGCCUCCUGAACGGGAAAGUGGUGGAAGGCAGGAGGGACCAGUGUGAGGUGCCCAGGGACCCCAAGUACCCUGACUGUGCUGGGAAAGUGGAGUGGAUGAGGGCCAGGUGGACCUCGGACCCCUGCUAUGCAUUUUUCGGCGUGGAUGGCACCGAGUGCUCGUUCCUCAUCUACCUCAGCGAAGUGGAGUGGUUCUGCCCUCCCCUGCCCUGGAGAAACCGGACAGAGCCUUUGCCUUCCCCACCACCACUGCCCCGGGGGCAGGCAGCUGUCCGGAGCGACCUGUCCCCCCUGCUGGAGCUGAUCGGCACAGGCAAGGAGUCGCUCAGCUUCAUGAAGAAGAGGAUCCGGCACCUGGGCCAGCAGUGGCUGCGGGCGGCUCGGCGCCUCCAGCAGAAGCUGAAGGGCAGGCAGCGGGACCUGAAACACAUCCUGAUCCACAUUGGCUUCCUGACAGAGGAGUCGGGAGAUGUUUUCAGUCCACGCGUGCUGAAGGGAGGUCCGCUGGGGGAGAUGGUGCAGUGGGCUGACAUCCUGGCUGUGCUCUUCCUCCUGGGACACAGCCUGAGGGUCACCGUCUCCCUGAAGGAGCUGCAGGGUCACUUAGGGGUGCCACCAGGCCGGGGGAACUGCCCCUUGACCAGUCCUUUGCCUUUUGACCUGAUUUACACUGACUACCAUGGCCUCCAGCAGAUGAAGCAGCACAUGGGGCUCUCCUUUAAGAAAUACAGGUGCCGUGUCCGGGUCAUCGAUACCUUCGGGACGGAGCCGGCGUACAACCACGAGGAGUAUGCCACUCUGCGCGGCUACCGCACCAACUGGGGCUACUGGAACCUGCAGCCCGCCCAGUUCAUGACCAUGUUCCCUCACACCCCGGACAACUCCUUCAUGGGCUUCGUGUCGGAGGAGCUCAACGAGACCGAGAGGCAGUUCAUCAAGUCCAACAAAGUGAGCAGCAUGGCAGUGGUGUAUGGGAAGGAGGCCAGCAUCUGGAAGGGCAAGGAGAAGUUCCUGGCCAUCCUCAACAAGUACAUGGAGAUCCACGGCACGGUUUACUACGAGACGCAGCGGCCGCCCGAGGUACCAGCGUUCGUCAAGAACCACGGGCUGCUGCCACAGCACGACUUCCAGCAGCUGCUGAGGAAGGCAAAGCUGUUCAUUGGCUUUGGGUUCCCCUACGAGGGUCCUGCCCCGCUGGAGGCGAUCGCUAACGGCUGCGUGUUCCUGCAGGCGCGCUUCACCCCCCCCCACAGCUCCCUCAACCAUGAGUUCUUCCGUGGGAAGCCCACCUCCAGAGAGGUGUCCUCCCAACACCCAUAUGCUGAAGACUUCAUUGGGAAGCCACACGUGUGGACUGUGGACUACAACAACUCCGAAGAGUUUGAAGCUGCUAUCAAAACCAUCAUGAGGACCCAGGUACUGUGGGACCCUUACCUGCCUUACGAGUACACCUGUGAGGGGAUGCUGGAGCGGAUCCAUGCCUACAUUCAGCACCAGGAUAACUUCUGCUCCUGCUCACCCCAGUUCAGACGUCCAUUGAGGGAUGCCAGAACGAUUUCUGCAUACACUACUCUCUCCUCUGCCUCCCAAGGCCAAGAGUCCUGCUAUGCAAAGCUCUCCGAGCCCUCUGGCCCUGUCCCCAACUCGACCCACCUGGUGUGGUCCCCCAGCGGUCGGGACCCCCGCGCCUGGCCGCCGGUGGACUCGCUGCAGGUGUGGGGUGUCGGAGCUCAGCACUCCUGCACCGAGACGUGGCGGCACGGGCUGGUCUGCGAAGCCACCUUCUUCAGGUUCCUCAACAAGAAGGAGGUGUUUGCUAGGCUCAGCAUCACCUGCGACAGCACCGAGUACGAGAUGAACCACCUUUACCCAGCGGUGGCUGAGAAGGUCCGCGAGUGCUACCUCCAGAAGGAGGCUCUGCUCUUCAGCUGUGCGGGCUACAACACCAAGUACCGGCGCCUCUGCCCCUGCCGUGACUACCGCAAAGGACAAAGUGGCGCUGUGCAGGAUGCUUGUGACCUGCCGUGUCCCCUCGGCGUGCUUGCGACGCACAGCUGUGCGAGGAGCGGCUUCGUCUUCAAAGCUUCUGCGGUAGCCGAGGGAGGUGGGACAGGUCACUUCCCCUAGCCGGAGUUGGCAGGCUCUGGGGGGGGUUCGUUUCGUCCUCCAAGUCAACUGUGAAUGGCCACGUCCUGCCCUUUGGUUCCAUUUCUUCUCGAGGAGCAUCAUCCGAACCCACCUGGACCCUGGUGGCCUGGGAUGGG